AUGGGAUUCGAGUUUCCCGAACUUCACAAGCGGACGUGGGCCAACCUCAUCGGGCGGCUUUGUCAGUUAGUGGGCGCAAUCGUAGUCUGUGCCUACUACGGCCGAAUCCUCAACAGAGCUAUGAAAGAAGACGUCUACUCGGACUCGAAAUGGGUCUACGCGGUCACCGUCGGUGCGAUAUCAGGCCUCACCGCGUUCGCCUAUAUCGUGUGGGGCCUACUUCUGGAAUUUCGAGCGAUUGCCCUGCUCUUCGCGUGGGAUGCCGUCAUCGUUAUUCUUUGGCUGGUGUGCUCCGGCAUCUUUGGCAAGAUGUACCUGGGAGAGAACGCGGAGAUGGAUCAGGGGAUCCAGGAUAUGAAGAUUGCGGCGGGGUUUGAUUUGGCUAAUAUGCUGCUCUGGAUUAUUUCGGCGAGCUAUUGUGGCUGGAUCAUCUUUGUGGCGGAUAGGAAGCUCUUGAGUGAGGGGAGGGCCAAGCCGCGGCCCAAAGAGGAACGUGCAGGAGGUUUGGAGGAGCAGCAGCUAUAG